AUUCACCCUGGGAACUAACUAAACUCCCUCGUAAACUUGGUGUGUUGGUACAUGGUGCAGGUGAAAGAAGGAAGACGUGUGUGCAGGCAGGCAGCACAGGAAGAACCUUGAAGCGAAUAGUACUUGUCUUCUAAGCUUUUGCUUAGUUUUUCUCUCACCAUUUUACUGGCGAAAGCAUGCAGUGAAGCGGCACUAACGACCCCAGCAGGAGGAGCACAGCGAGAGGAUCCGUUCGCGAUGGGGGGCUGUGAAACUGGGAUUCGCUUUUUAAUGUUUCUUACUAAAAUCUUUAGAAAAUUACUGUUAAAUUGCAAAAUUACACAAACUUUUGCGAAGCGAGGUCAUUUGAAAUAUAAGUAGUGAGAAUACUACUCAAGCGUCUAGCGUCAAAUGUUCAACCAAAAUUACUAUUCCCAACACCGCAGUUUUGGGUGUAGUUGGUGGAAACUGCUUUCUCCUACUGAGUUUGAUGGCGCGUGGUGGUGUCCAGAGCAUGCAAGCAUUCAUUGUUUGCUCCGCAAACAUAUCAUUAUCAUAAUUCUCGAAAAGAAAAUAAGACUGCUUAGAAGCUUUAGGCAGAAAUUUAAGGACCGGCUUGAUGCAUGUACCGAAUGGUUUAGGAUAAAAAGUAUUAAGUUUUGAAUCAGUAAUAAAGCAAGAUGUAUUAAUUUCUUUAAUUUAUCCGGCUAUUUAGCACACCGCCAAUAUUCAGAGAGGUAUAAAUAAGCAAUGUAAACACGGCUGGAAGCUCAUAAAUUGAACUGCGCCAGUGCCAGAUCGUGCCGAGAGAGCAACAAAAAAGAAAAGAAGCGAAAAUGCAUUCGAAAUCGGCGUCGAUAUUGAUGUUGCCCGUGCCAGAUGCUGCCGUUGAUGCUGGUCCAGGUCGGUUCGUGCCACGGGAAAAGUGAUGCCAAACGAAACCACGGGUGGAAGAUUCUAGUCGAAGGUGCUAGCCGUUGUAGUGGGUAGUGUGUGUGUGGAGAAGAACGACCCUGAACCAGUUUGGGGACGGGGAAGGAAAAAACCGGAAGUUGGCAUCGGACCAAGUGUGCGUGGGCGGAACGGACCGACGAAUUGGGCAAGUGCUUUUAGUGAAAUUUGGCUGCCGAAUUGCUCACCGUUGAAUGCCAGAAUUAGCGAUGGCCGUGCACAUUCUGGACGUGGAUCACUUUGCGAUCAGUGCGAUCGUGACGGUUUCGAUGCAAAUCAUAUUCUUCCUGAUCGCGGCGAUCUUCCAGCUGGACAAACUGACGGAUUUCGCCGGUGGAGUAAACUUUAUUAUCAUUGCCUUGCUGACCUUCUUCCUGGGUCAGAUUGAUAGAACACUAAAGCCUUACGAUAGUCGACAGCUCAUGGUGACGGUGUUUGUGUGCUUAUGGGGUGCGAGGCUGUCGGGAUAUCUGUUCUAUCGGAUUGUGAAAAUCGGACGCGACAAACAGUUUGAGGACAACCGCCGGAACGUCAUCCGGUUUGCCGUGUUCUGGACCUUCCAGGCCGUCUGGGUGUUUGUCGUAUCGCUGCCAGUUAUUAUCAUCAAUUCCCCGCGGCACUCGAUACCGCACGCGCCCCGCACGAUGACCACGCUGGACUCGGCCGGGACCGGAAUGUUCAUCACGGGGCUGUUGGCCGAAACGUACGCCGACCUGCAAAAGUUUUCGUUCCGCCAGGACCCGGUUAAUCAGGGCAAAUUCUGCAACGAUGGACUCUGGCGGAUGUCGAGGCAUCCCAACUAUUUCGGCGAGAUCGUUAUUUGGUGGGGAAUCUUCGUCAUCUCGCUGAACGUCAUCGACGGCAUCGAGUGGGUGGCAAUUAUGUCGCCAAUUUUCACCACCCUCAUCAUCCUGUUCCUGUCCGGCAUCCCCGUGCGGGAACGGUCCGCGGACGAAAAGUACCGAGAUGACCUGGAAUAUCGAAAGUAUAAAGCGUGCACGUCGCCGCUGAUUCCGAUCCCACCGGCCAUCUACUCCGAGGUUCCCCGGGCGCUCAAGUUCAUCCUGUGCUGCGAGUUUCCGCUGUACGACUCGCUGGACAAGCGACGCAAGGAGGACGGCCCAUUUGCCAUGACUACCUCUAUAUCAGUGGCCCAUUCGCAUUCGACCCACACCUAGCAAUCGGGAGGCGGACAUUACCACAAUUAUCCCGUGUCGUCCUCGUCGUCAUCGUACCACCACCAUAACCAACAGAACUCCCACCACGUCCAAGGCCAACAGCAGCAGCAGCAGCAGGUUAGUGGUGGUUCAACCUCCAAAGAUAGAAACAACUCCGUUGGACGAGCUGCCAGCUAUUCGUCCAGCCACCGGAGUGGCAGCGAUCGGCGAGGUGGUGGGGAGAAAUCCUACUACGGGAGCCACGACUUUGAGGAGGACAUUGUCCCGGAACGAAUUACCUGCAUUGCCAGCGGGGACGGUAACUACAUCACCGGGUCGGCACAGAUUACUACCAUUUUGUGAUCUCGUUCACAGAUGUUCAAUGUUAACUACGGCUAUACUCAUCACGGUAUACAUAGGAGAAAAAGCAAAUGUAAAAUGUUAUCAAACGCUGUGUUUAGAUUUUUUAUAGUUUAAUGAUUGCUAAAAGGCGCGUUGAACUCGAUUUAAGACAAAGUUUAAGAAAACAAAUGCCAAUUUUGAAUUGCCAACGCUUGAUUCGGUACAAUAUUGCCACAAACACGCUAGAAUCACGGGAAAAAGUUAACAUCUUAAGGAGAUUCAAACACUCGUACAAACAAAUUAAAUGCACCUCUCGCGCUACAAAUCGUUGCUAUCACCUUUCCAAAAACAACAACCAACAAAAAAAAAACAAUAAAUUGGCUUUGGUCAUGCAAUGUCUCCCAAAAACGUAUAAUCAGAAAGAAGUAAAUUCAACACCUUUCGCUAACAAGAAAUAAUUGGCAGUCGACCGCAGGUUUUCCCGUUUUAUGUGCACGAUUGCACUUGGCUCUCUCACUCUCUUGUUAUUCCGUAGCCUUUCAGGAAGAUUAGAUUUCAAAGGGAGUAAACCUCACACAUUUGCUCCGAUUUGGUUUAGACUAGUUGGUUUGGGGCUGCAGAAAUGGCAUCGCAGUAACGAUUUAUUGAAGUCAUCGACCACUAUUGCACUGGUUACCGGUGGUCCCAGCAUUUAUUUGAGCCAACUUUACCAUUCUUGGUCAUUUGAUGCCUCCACCAUGAUGGAGUUUCAUCCAAGUAGUCAAGUUGGUCGUUUUUCAGAUAGAGACAUGGCAGAUUUUUGAAUGACUAACUGAAAAAAAACAAACAAUUAUCUGCUUCUUCCAGACUAUGUUAAUUUAAUGUAUGUUGUUUAUUUUGUGAAGCUAUACUGCCGUUCUACGCAUAAUUGUCCCAUGUUCAAAAAAGUGCAACUGAGAAAAACGCGAUCGAGAAAAUGUCCCAAAUUGCCCCAGUUAGCACUUUAUCACUCUUAUUUGUAAUCCUCUUGCUAUACAAUAGGUAAACAAGACACAAUGCUUCGUCAAAUCAAUGAUUCCGUGAAUGAAAAUACGUGGUGGGACAAUUAUGCGUAGAAUUGUAACGAUUAGACCAGCGUUUCUCAACCGGUGAGGAAUUCCCCCCUGGGGGGGAAUUUGACCAAUUUUUAGGGGGAAUGAGGAUGCAAAAGAAAUCCGAUGUCUUCAUACAGGCGUGCAGAAAAAUUGUUCUUAUCUGACGUUCUUUAAAAGUUUCAUGAUCAGAGUACACAAAAAAAAAUCGCGAUUCAACCACUUAUUUUUAUUCGUUUUUACGAAGUUGACUUUAUAGCUGUCGGCCGCUAUUGCUAGUGCCAACCACUAGUGUCUUCCUUUUAAUUACAAGGACUUCG